AUGGCGAUGAAGGACAGCGUAACGAUCGACACUCAGGGUAAUGUCUUCCAUGAUUUGGAACUCCACGAACGCAUCUGCAUCGAAGGUUCAGAAGGAAUGAAAUUCAAGGUAGACUCGAUCGACGGGAGGUUCUCCACUCGUUCCGGUUGUUUUCGCUGCACAACAACAGAUGAACAGUUUUGGUGCGAUCAGGCACACUUCAGCAAUAAUGAUAAAACAUGUUGCUGUAUCAAUGGCAACAACGUGGCAGCAUUUCGUCUAUCUACUUCCACCGGAAAGACAUCCUUUGUUUGCGUAUCGAUGCUUCCAAUAACCCAGCGUGCCCUAACUGGGCGUGCAUUCUGGUUCCUCGAUCUCUUUGCAUAUGAGAUGUAG